AUGGCUAAGAAAGUUGCUGCUUUAGUAUUUUUCGCUCUAUUAGGACUAGCCUUCGCCGAGGCAGCUAUUAUCCCCAAAACAACUACUGCCCCUAGCCCGAGUGAAGAUAUUGGUAAUGAAGGUGGCGAUGUUGGCUCUCCUUCGGGUGGAUUUGCCGAGGCAGGCCCCGUUGGUGGGCCUGUCCCGGCUGGGAUGUUUCCGGACACUCCAACUGACCCCUCUACGGACGGAUCAUCACCUACUAAGAAGAAUGGUGCAUCCAAGCUUGAGGUGUCUACCAUUGCCGGGGUCACAUUAGUUGGUUUUUCGUUGUUCUAUUUUUAA